CUUAAAUUGAAUAAAUCAUACUUUUAUAGUUAGGGUUUCACAUCUUCAUACACUCGAAUUAAUGGAUUUGUAAUGGAGAUAUUGAGUACAUGGGUGAAUAUCCGUAUUCUCACAUGGACCGCCGUCCCAAUAAGCGUCCAAAAUUAGCCUGGGACCAACUUUCUCACGCUUCCAAGGUCCAACCAGGGAUAUAUCAUGGACGAGAGACUGGAAACAUAUCAAAUUAUGGGCAUCAAGGAGUGCCUGCAGACCUCAAUAAUUUAUACACAAGAGGACUUGCUGAAAGAGGCUCUCCGCCAUGGCGGGACGAUGACAAAAAUGGGCAUUAUGUAUUUGAGCUUGGAGAGAAUUUAACCUCUCGCUAUAAGAUCCUGAGAAAGAUUGGUGAAGGUACAUUUGGUCAAGUUUUGGAAUGCUGGGACAGGGAGCAAAAGGAAUUGGUUGCAAUAAAAAUUGUUCGAAGCAUUAAGAAGUAUCGCGAAGUAGCAAUGGUAGAAAUUGAUGUGCUUCAGUUGCUUGGUAGAUAUGAUAGAAAUGGCAGUCGUUGUGUUGAAUUACGGAACUGGUUUGAUUAUCGUAACCAUAUUUGUUUAGUAUUUGAGAAGCUUGGACCAAGCUUAUUCGAUUUUCUACGGAAAAACAGUUACCGAUCAUUUCCAGUUGAUCUAGUCCGCGAGAUUGGCAGACAAGUUUUGGAAUGUGUAGCAUUCAUGCAUGAUAUGCGUCUCAUCCAUACCGAUUUGAAGCCAGAGAACAUACUCUUUGUUUCUCCGGAGUAUGUGAAAAUACCUGACUUCAGGAUUGCAUCUUGGUCUUUAAGAGAUGGGUCUGCUUAUAAGAGAUUGCCAAAGUCAAGUGCUAUUAAGGUUAUUGACUUUGGUAGUGCGGUCUAUGAGCGUCGAGAUCACAAUUAUAUUGUUUCCACUAGACAUUAUCGUGCCCCUGAGGUUAUUCUUGGACUGGGCUGGAGCUAUCCAUGUGAUAUAUGGAGUGUUGGUUGCAUCUUGGUUGAGCUAUGCUCGGGUGAAGCUUUGUUUCAGACUCAUGAGAAUUUAGAACACCUGGCCAUGAUGGAGAGAGUGUUGGGUCCUCUUCCGCAAUACAUGUUGAAACGUGUAGAUCGGCAGGCUCAUAAAUAUAUAAAAUGGGGUAGGUUGGCGUGGCCUGAAGGUGCAACUUCAAGAGACAGCAUUAAGGCUGUUUCAAAGCUGUCUUGUCUUCAGAAUGUAGUAAUGCAGCAUGUGGAUCAUUCAGCUGGAGAUUUGAUAGACCUCUUGGUGGGACUUCUUCGUUAUGACCCUUCUGUCAGGAUGACUGCUCAUGAGGCCCUCAAGCAUCCUUUCUUUACCAGAUACGGGUACAGGUCCUAAAAAGCACGUGUUUGAUUAUUGCCAUGGUUCCAGAUGUUGUGGUGAUUUGGAUUCCUUAUUCUCGAAGUGUGAUAGAGAGCAAAAUUUGUUGGCCCGAAUCUUCAUUUUGUUGUCUUGUUUCAUCGUGGAGCAUGUAUUGCAGUACCUAUUACAGUAUCCAUUAGACUUUUUCUACGGAGUUAUCCAUCUCCUGAAAUUUAGGAAAUGUCGUUUGCUGUUCAGAACACCUCGUACUUUGCAUCUUUAUGUUAGCUUUUAGAAUCUCUUUUGUGGUUGAUCAAUGAUUUUUUUCGACUUGAUCAAAUUAUGAAUGAAAGGAUAAUAAACCACAUCACCCUAAGAGAGGACGGAAUUUGCUCUCUUUCCUA